GCCGCCAUCUGUAAAAAUGCCUAAAACCAAGAGGGUCAAGGUAAAGAAGGUGGCUCCUGCCCCUUAUGCAACAUCAAAGCCAGUCCCAAAAAAGACUGUGAACCCAUUAAUUGAGAAGAGGCCUAAGAACUUUGGAAUUGGUGGUGACAUCCAGCCCAAGAGGGAUCUCAGCAGGUUUGUGCGAUGGCCAAGAUACAUCAGACUACAGCGACAAAAGUCAAUCCUUUACCAACGUCUUAAGGUUCCCCCAGCCAUCAAUCAAUUUACACAAACGCUGGACAGAUCAGCUGCUACCCAGUUGUUCAAGUUAAUGCACAAGUAYCGACCAGAAACUAAGGCUGAAAAGAAAGCAMGACUCACUGCCAAGGCUGAACAAAAAGCUGAAGGCAAAGACGAGCCUGCUGGAAAGAAACCAAUGGUUGUAAAAUAUGGUAUCAAUCAUGUAACAGGACUGGUUGAGAGCAAGAAAGCACAGCUUGUUGUAAUUGCACAUGAUGUGGAUCCUAUUGAGAUUGUUGUGUGGCUUCCUGCUCUGUGCAGAAAGAUGAACGUUCCUUACUGCAUUGUUAAAGGAAAAGCCAGACUGGGAAAGGUUGUUCACAAGAAGACUGCCACAGCACUCUGCUUGACUGGUGUCCGCCCAGAAGACAAACAUUCAUUAAAUAACCUCAUCGAAUCAGUCAAAAACAACUACAACGAUCGCUUUGAUGAGAUCAGAAAGCACUGGGGUGGUGGUAUCAUGGGACCCAAGUCUCUUGCUGCUACUGCCAAAAUGGAAAAGGCUAAACUCAAAGAAAUGAAAGUGUAGACAGAAUUAUUGAGGCAAUAAAAUGAGCUUACCUUUAGCAAC